CCGACUGAGCAGAGGCAGUUAAAAGUUGCCUGUCUACAAAACUCAAAACCCGAAACAAGGCAAGAAAAAAAAUCAGAAUUCGGAAAAUGAGAGGUUCCAUCUUGUGGGGUUUUGCUGCAUUCCUCCUUAAAUUUAUGUUCUUUGUUGGAUAUGCUGAGGAGGUUCCUACGUCAGAAGGCACCGUCAAAGAUACAAGGAAACCGGUUCUUCUGGAGGAUGUUGCAGCCAUUGAAGCGUUUAUCAAUGCUGCUGAAGUGGUGGUGGUUGGAUUCUUUAAGGAUUUGGAGCGACCAGAAGUUUCGGAAUUCCUCAUCAUGGUGCAAAAUAUACCAGAAGUGCCAUUUGCCAUCUCCAACAGCUCUCAAGUGCUUUCUCAUUACAAUGUCACCAGAAAUACCAUCUCCCUCUUCCGCGAGGUGGAUAACAAAAGGCAAGAUGUGGAAAUCGAAGAUAUUAAAGGACUUGAUGCUGACAAGCUGAGUCGCUUUGUCCGGGCCAAUGAACUCCGUUGGGUGACCGAGUACAACCCUAUGACGGCCGUUGGUCUCUUUGAGAGUGUUGUUGAGACUCAUCUUCUCUUGCUCACUAACAAGUCAUCCCCAAUGCACACCGAGAUGAUGAACAAGUACCGUGAAGCAGCCAAACUCUUUCAAGGGAAGCUACUUUUUAUCUUGGUGGACAUCCUGGCAAAGGGCAAUGACCAGGUUAUGUCUUAUUUCCACUUGAAGAAGUCCCAGCUGCCUGCGCUGGCUGCGUAUCAUACUCCAGAUGAGGAGCAGGAAGUGCUGUCCUUGGAUGACAUCUCGGUGGAGAUUAUAAAAGAGUUCUGUGAUGGCUUCUUACAGAAAUUGCAAGCAAAAGAAAAGCUUAAGACGGAGGAUAAUGUCCUGAAAGAGGAGCUCUGAUUCCUUUCCAAUUUGAACAACAGCAUGUGUCCUCUGCAGUUCUAUACUUAAACUUGUUUUUGAUGGGAAAAUAAUCAACUGCAAUUCAAGAGCCCGGUGAUCUUGACAACUUGAAAAACAUCUCAGGCUAUGCCAACUGAAUGGAUAUACUUGUCAUAAAUCUUUCUGUUAAAUAUCCUA